ACAAAAACCGCUAGUGGCGUCGGAUUGAAAAAAUCGAUUGUAAUAGAUAAAAAACAUUUUUUGUUGCAUUGUUCAGUGGUAUUUUUUGUGCACAGUUUAUCAAAUGUUCGAACAGUGUGUUUGGUCUGUUUUGUGAAAAAUAUCUGCUCGUAUUGUUAGAUCAUUGAACCCAUGGAUUCCGAAACGACGAAGGAAUCAACAUCGGUUCCUGAUUCAACUGUCGUCAAAUCGAAGACACCAAUCACAAUCGACGUUGAGUCGGAAGAGGAAUCGGUUUCGCAAAAAGAUUUGGAACAACCUCCGGGUUUUAGCGAAUCUGUUGAUAAGGAAGACGCUGUAGAAUUGGAGGAGAAAGAUCGCAAGACAUUACUGGUGAUUCCCGUGGAUGAAGAUGAUUUGAAUAUAACAGAGAUCAAUGAUUUAGACAAAAAAUCAAACGACACAGAGAAGGAUGGUGUCGAGAAAUCAACACCGAAAAAAAGAAAAACACCGGAGAUUAUUUCAUUGGAUGAAGAUGAAGAAAUACAGCCGACAGAUGAAAUAAAAUCGGAUACCAUCUCUGAGCAGCCAGGGUCAAGUGAAAUCGAUAAAGGGUCAGUAGACCAAUCCAAGGAGGUUUCCGAUAAAGCAGAAAUAUCGAAGGCAAAUGAUGAUUCUGUUGAAAAUAUAGCUGAUCUACCACACGUACCGGAAGAUGUUUGUAAAGAUAAAACAGAAACAGCAGCAGCCGAUCCGGACAAGGACGAUCUCAGUUCAACGAAGGCAGAAAUUACGAAUGAAUCAAAUGAAAAGAAUGAAAGCUUGGAAAAUGAAAAUGAAAUAAAAGAUGACGAACAGUGUGAUAAGGUUUUAACAGAAAAAGAAUCAACAGAUAACGAAUCGGCUACUGACAAGGAUAUAGUUUCGAUUGAAAACGAAAAGGAAAUCUCGGAAGAAAAAGAGCAUUCUUUGACUUCCGACAAAGAAAGUAAAUGUGAAUCAGUUGAUGAAAAGGUUGCACAGUUGAGCUCUGAUAAUGAAGAAAUAAUUGAAGAAACUAAGGAAUCUGAUUCGAGCGAAGCAGGAAAAAAUCAGAUUCUGGAUUCAAAUUUGUCAAAAGACAAUAAAUCAAGUUCAAAUCUAUCAGAACAAAAUGAAAAUGAUCUUGUAAAAGCUAAUGAUUCUAAAUCUACUGACAAAGAGAGUGAGAACAAAAGUAACGACGAUGAAGAUGAUGAUGAUGAUGAUGACGAUGUCAUAAUGAUAGAAUCUGAACCUAAUGCAACUACUGUCGGUUCUGAAACGCUCGAUGAAGGCGCCCCUUCCGAUGAAAAGUCUUCAGUUUCUCAAUCUGAAACCGCAGCCAGUGAACCUUCAAAAGCCAAGGAUACUUCAGAAGUAUCCGUUAAAGAAAAAGAGAAAUUAAAUGAUUUAGUCAAAGAUCACAAUGUAACAGAGAAGGAUUCGAAACCACCAGAAAAAGAUUCUGAGAAACCGGACGAAAAAGAAGUGACGAAAGAAUCUAACAACGAAGAGAAAAAAACUAUUGUGUUGGAUGAAAAAUCAGGCAUUUUCCAAGAGAAGACCGCACAACCAGAGGAGAAGAUUCCUCAACUUAUCACUGGUGAUUCGGACGAAGAUGUAGUAAUGAUAGAAGAUGACGAACCGGCACCAGCAGCGAAAAAUUCUCCGAAACCUAACAUCUGGAAAGUCGAAAUGUCCAAAAAAGUUGAACCUAAAGAAUCGCCUAGCAAGAAUGCUAAACCGGAAAAGCCCAAACAGACCAAGGUAGCGAGUAUCGAUUGUGUCAAUCCGGAGUGCAAGAAGCAAACGAAGGAAACGGCACCGGCACCCGGAUUUGUGCUGAGUUUUUACGGUGUGCCUAAAAAAUGCAAACGACAGCGCGUCUGUGUGACGUGUUACGACAACGUUGUGUUGAAAUAUUCGGAAAUGUGUGAAACUAUAGUUGACCACCAGCCGUUGCUAUUUUGCGAUAUGCCACAGAAGAACGAGUUGGUAGAAAUUUCCGACAGUAGCGAAGAGGAAGAUGACGAUAUUAAGCAGGAAUCGGGUAAAUCCCUUCCAGCGGAGCUCAUAUCUUUGGUGGAAACCGAACUGGAAGACAUUCUAGCGAGUACACUCGAGAAAAUCAAUCUGAGUCAGCAAGUAGACUGGACUGAACAAAUAAUGAAACAAAAAAUUGCGUACAACACAAAACUUUCCGACGAAAUCAACAACGAGCUGAAUGAACUUCAACGCAAAGUGGACCGCAUACACCUGAAUCUCUAUUCCAAGACGCGUCCGAAGUAUCACGAUCUGCCGCCAUGCAACAUUUUCCACGAAGUCGAUCUACUGCAGAAAAAUCAAACCACAUUCUCACAAACCACUUUGUCUGUUCAGCCGGCCAAUCGAACAUUCUCGCCGCAGAAAUCUCAACCAAUACAGCCGUUGAAACCAUCGGUUUCCACCAGUCAAAGCACUCCGGCUGUGAUAUCAUCCGGUUCGGUUACUGCAAUCAGUAAGACCGAGGAAUUCGUAAGACCCGCAGUAGCGGUUGGUCAGUUCUAUUUCGCUGUCAAACAUAAGCUUCUAAGCAACUGGGCUGAGUGUCAGGUGGUCGAGGCGGUCAACGUGUCGGAUAAAUCCCUGUAUAAAAUAAACUUCUUGCAUAAUCAAGGUGGCGGCAGUGCCCCAAUAAAAGUAGUUCCGGCCAAGUAUCUGGCAUAUCGACACUCUUUCAACGUGAAACUUCCCCUUGGAACACGUGUCAUUGCUCGGUUUGACGCAGGAACCACACAGCCGUCAUACAAGCUGGCACACUUGAACAAGUCCAACACAUUUUACCCGGGCAUCAUAGCGGAAUCUUUCGGGAAAUAUAAUCGCCAUCGAUAUUUGAUAUUCUUCGAUGACGGUUACGCUCAAUAUGUCAGUCAUGGUGACGUUCGAGUUGUCUGCGAAGAAUCGAAAGAAGUCUGGUUGGACAUCCAUCCUCACUCGCAAGAUUUCAUCCGGAACUAUCUAAUGAAUUAUCGCUCGCAAAGACCAAUGGUACAGGUGAAGGUGGGCCAACGAAUCAUUACGGAAUGGAAGGGCAAAUGGAUCUACGCCAAAGUGGUUGACAUCGAUGCCAGCUUGGUGCAGUUGCUAUUCCCGGAAGACAACCGCUACGAGUGGAUCUACCGAGGCUCGACCCGGCUCGGUCCGUUGUAUCAGGAGAAGGCCCUCAGCAUGAGCAAGAUUAACAACAAGUUCUCAAAGUUCCAGAAAAGAAACGAACCUUCCAUCGAAUAUAUUACGCUCGAUGAUGACGAAGAUGAAAACGAUCGGAACAAACAGCAACAGGAUGCCAAAAAGCAACCAACUCCGCAGGAGCAAGCACUGCAAAGCUACCAGCUACAGAAAACUUUCCAACAACAGAACCAACAAAGCACCCUGCAAAAUCAAACAGACACGACCUCGAUACGAUCGGUGGCCAAGAAAAGCACCUUCCAUCGAGCCGUUCCAACUACGCAGCCCUCGGCGGUGUUUAUGAACAGUUCUACCAUCUACUGCGAAGAUGAUCGACCGAAAGGAAAAAUCGUGUACUACACCGCCAAGAAGCAUCUUCCACCGCUCAAAUACAAACCGCACGAAUGUAAUCCGAACUGUCUGUUCAAAAUAACACACAAUCUCAAAUCGUACAGUCCGCUGGCAAAACCGCUGCUCUCGGGCUGGGAACGGCAGUUGUGUAAAACGAAGUACAAAAAGGUGUACGUCGUGUAUCGGGCACCGUGCGGCCGGCGUCUGAGAAACAUGUACGAACUGCACAAAUAUCUGCGCAUGACGAAGGCCUCCCUCAACGUGGAGAACUACGACUUUGAUCCGAUCAUCCACUGUCUGGCGGAGUACGUGAUCGAGAAUCACAUCUAUCAUAAUCCGGAUCUAUCCGACGGGCGUGAGUUCAUGGCAGUGCCAUGUGUGAACUACUUCGACGACACGAAACCACCACCGUGCAUCUACUCAACGGAGCGCAUCCCGUCCGAUGGGGUCAACCUGAAUCUCGAUACGGAUUUCCUGUGCGGUUGCGAUUGCGAGGACGACUGCAUGGAUAAGAAUCGCUGUCAGUGCUGGCAACUCACGAUUGCCGGUGCGAAAUUUGGCAAUCCAAGCACAUCGGUCGACAAUAUCGGUUACGUGUACAAGCGCCUGCAGGAGACGGUUGUCACCGGAAUCUAUGAGUGCAACGCACGGUGUAAAUGUAACAACAGUUGCUUGAACCGAGUAGUUCAGCAUCCGUUGCAGACGAAACUGCAGGUGUUCAAGACGAGCAAUCGGGGCUGGGGAAUUCGCUGUUUGAACGAUGUCUCGAAGGGAAGCUUCAUCUGUAUCUACUCGGGACAUUUGCUAACCGAGGAAGCAGGAAAUAAUAUCUGUCAGAUGAACGCCAACAAGGCGGGUGACGAAUAUUUUGCCGAUUUAGACUACAUCGAAACGGUUGAACAGUUGAAGGAAGGCUACGAAACCGAUGUGGUCGAGUCCGAGAGCGAUCUCGACAGCGAUGAGCCAGAUUAUGAUGCCAAACGAGAUACCGAUGCAUCGGAUGAUGAGUUCACAACGAACUGUAACCCUUCGAAUGCCGUUGUUAAAACGAGAUCUCAAGCUAGGCGAGACAAUACGAAGAGAGCGGAAGCUAGGGCUGAAGCCAAAGCGGAAAAGAACAAAAAUAAAAAGAAGGAAGAAACUAAGGCCGGAUCGGAUGAUGAACGUGAAAUGGUUAAUUUGGUCCCGGAUUCCGAGAUGAUGCCAAAGAGUGAUGAAUCCAAUUCUGCGAUGAAGUAUCGUUCCGUCCGGAAGCUGUUUGGAAAGCAUGAACAAAUUUACAUUAUGGACGCUAAAAAGUCCGGAAAUUUAGGACGAUAUUUCAAUCAUUCCUGCAAUCCUAAUCUAUUCGUACAGAAUGUGUUCGUGGAUACACAUGACCUUCGGUUUCCGUGGGUAGCUUUCUUCGCACUGUCCAACAUCCGAGCCGGUUCUGAACUGACCUGGAACUACAACUACGAUGUUGGCUCGGUACCUGGAAAGGUUCUGUACUGUCAGUGUGGUGCCGAAAAUUGCCGUCAACGGUUACUGUAAGGUCACUCACAGGUUAGUACAUACGUAGUAGUCUUAAGAAUUGUGUUUUGUCAAUGUACCAGUACCGUGGAUUUAAGAAAAAAAAAUUUUAUGAAAUAAAAACAAUCAUCGUAAAUUUUUGAUCAACCUGAA